AUGCUAGUCAUGUCGGAACAUCAACCCAUGUUGCAUCUAGAUCAACAGUAUGCCCUCAAUGAUCAGCCUGGCACUGAUCUACUGUGUACUCUCAUUCAAGCUCAUCCACUCGACAUUAAUGCUUGUCGUCGUACAUACACUUCACUGCCCAUCACCAAACUCAUAUCUUCAACCGUCAUGAAAGCUUUGGCUUCCAGACUACGAGUACCACUAGAUAUACUCUCAGAUGAGCCUGAUCAGCUGACAAAACGAGACACCUACCUGAUCUUGGUCUCAGAAACUCUGCCCUUCUUAACUGAAAUAGCUGCUGAAAUAUCUACAAUAUCACCAGAUACUGAACUACAAUUACUGGUCACGGCUGCUACAUUCUUGGCCGACAAGGAACAUAGAAUAUGGAGCUCACAACAGACUCAUCAACUCGCUACACAACUACUACAAUCACUAUCUACAAAUACACGGACGCUGGUUGCCAAACACUUGGUCAAUAUCCUCAGCAUUCAUGUCAAACCGUAUUUUGCCCAUCAUCCAAACAUUGACAAGCAGGAAUUAAAACAACAGCCUAGAAAUGGUGAUUCAAAGGUUACAAUGACUGACUUCUUCCAAGAUCAGAAAUGGAAGUCGGAAUACCCUGAAUCUCCAUUCAUUUUGGCGUGGUGUCUCUUACAAGUUCAACAACCAGAACUACAAAAAGUACAAGGCCUGGUAAUCCCGACAUUACUCACCCUCUUGGAUGACUUUGAUCCAAAAUACAAGACAUUGGGUGUCCAAUUGACUCGUCAUGUCAUUAUUGACAAUACCGCUCCUUCUGAAAUACGUGUUACGGGUCUUGGUGAUGUCUUUUUCGAUGCUUUAAUUACAUGCUUGAGCUACCACUCAGAUCCAGACUUGCUUGAAGAAGCUAUAUCGACUAGUCUGGAUUUAUCUAGUGUCAUACAAGUGAAAGGAACUGAGGCUCUUCAUGCAAGAUAUGAGCGUAUUACUGAUGUGUUUACUAAAGGGUUUCUGAUGAGUAUCGGUGGUAAAGUUAGAGUUAUACAGAUUUACUUGCAAACAAUACCGCUCUUGUUUGAAAAGAUUGGAGUUUUGGGAGUUCAGUAUCUCAAGCAACUCUUAAUAUCAUGUUGUGAAGUGCUAGCUUUACAAUAUUGUGAAGUUGAUACUCGAACACUGGCUACUCAGGCCAUCGCGUCCAUCAUCAAUGUGGGUUGGCCUCGCAUAGAUGCUUAUCGUGGGUCUAUACUGAGUGCUAUUGCGUCUGCGUGGAAGCAUGAGGCAUCUUCAGACAACGAAAUGAAGGACGUGCUUGUUGCUUUGUGUACAUUGUUGAAGAAAGCUUGUGGCCCUGAGUUUGAGAACGAUUUGAGAUUCCUGCUUGAAAUAGAUGGCAAUCUAUUCACCAGUCUGGUAACUCCAUCUCUCGGUGAUUAA